AUGGCUUCGACCGCCAGAGCCAUGAGCUCCCUUCGCGCGGCCCAGCUCGUCCCGAGAGCUCCGCGCGCUGCUGCCAGCGCUGGUCGCAGAACCCUCACGACGACCUCCAGACAAGGCCUGCGCACCGUCGCCGCGAGGCCAGUAGCUGCCGCUGCUUCCAGAACCGUCGCGCGCCAGUUCCGCAGGGAGUACGCCGACGCCGCUCCCGUCAAGAAGCCCGGCAAGAUUCGCAGGACCUUCAGAUGGGUCUGGCGUCUUACUUACCUCUCCACCCUCGGUCUCUUCGCCUACGUCGGAUACACCGUCUACGAGGACAGGCACUUUGAGGACCAGGUCGAGUUCGACCCUACCAAGAAGACUCUGGUUAUCCUUGGCACCGGCUGGGGAUCCGUCUCCAUGCUGAAGAAGCUCGACACGGAGAACUACAACGUCGUCGUCAUCUCCCCCAGAAACUACUUCCUCUUCACCCCUCUUCUCCCGUCAUGCACGACCGGCACCAUUGAGCACCGCUCCAUCAUGGAGCCCAUCCGAACCAUUCUCCGCCACAAGAAGGCCGCCGUCAAGUUCUACGAAGCCGAGGCCAGCUCCAUCGACCCCGACAGGAAGGUUGUCAAGAUUCUGGAUACUUCGGAAAUUAAGGGCUCAAUGUCCGAGACUGAGGUCGCCUACGACAUGCUCGUCAUCGGUGUCGGAGCUGAGAACGCCACUUUCGGUAUCCCGGGUGUGCGCGAGAACUCUUGCUUCUUGAAGGAGAUUGGCGACGCCCAGGCUAUUCGCAAGAAGAUCAUGGACUGCGUCGAGACCGCCGCUUUCAAGGACCAGUCCGCCGAGGAUAUCAGCCGUCUUAUGCACAUGGUUGUCGUCGGUGGUGGACCCACCGGUGUCGAGUUCGCCGGUGAGCUUCAGGACUUCUUCGAGGAGGACAUCAAGCGUCUGGUUCCCGAGAUCGCCGACCGCUUCAAGGUUACCCUGAUCGAGGCUCUCCCCAACGUCCUGCCUUCCUUCUCCAAGCAGCUCAUCGAGUACACCGAGAAGACCUUCGAGGAGGAGAAGAUCGACAUCCUGACCAAGACCAUGGUCAAGAAGGUCACCGACCAGAUGGUCGAGGCCGAGGCCACCGGACCCGAUGGAAAGAAGCAGACCCUCAAGAUCCCCUACGGUCUUCUCGUCUGGGCCACCGGUAACGCUGUUCGCCCCAUCGUGCGCGACCUCAUCUCCAAGAUCCCCGCUCAGAAGGACUCCCGCCGUGGUCUGGCCGUCAACGAGUACCUCGUCGUUCAGGGCACCCGCGACAUCUGGGCCAUUGGCGACUGCGCCGUUGCCGGCUACGCCCCCACGGCUCAGGUCGCUGCCCAGGAGGGCAACUUCCUCGCCAAGCUCUUCAACAACAUGGCCAGAACCGAGUCUCUCGAGGCCCGCGUCCAGGAGCUUAGCGGCAACCUGAACCUCCAGCCCGGCAACGCGGCCGAUGUCGCCAAGGAGAUUGAGGCUCACGAGCGCCAGCUCCGUCGCAUCAAGGACAUCAAGCCCUUCCACUACUCUCACCAGGGCAGCUUGGCCUACAUCGGCUCCGAGAAGGCCGUCGCUGACGUCAGCUGGUGGAACGGCAACAUCGCUAGCGGUGGUAGCAUGACCUACCUCUUCUGGCGCAGUGCCUACCUUUCCAUGUGCUUCAGCACUCGCAACCGUCUCCUGGUCAUCAACGACUGGCUGAAGUCCAAGGUCUUCGGCCGUGACAUUUCACGAGAAUAA